CUUCACCCUCUCCCUCCAAACCCCAAACACCGCCCGACGAAAUUUGACCCCCGCCAUGUACGGUUAUGGCCACAACUCGCCAGCCGCCGCCGCUUUCCCCGGCGAAUUCUUCAAUCAAUACCCGGUGCCGGAAUUCAACGCCGUCAUGUCAUUCCCGUCCGCUUCUGCGUUCCCUCCGCCGCCGGUGAUCAUUCCGGAGAAGCUCGGCAGCGCCGGCGCCGGCGAGUUUGACUCCGCGUGCGAGGCCCUGCAGGUGGCAGGCGGCAACAUGAGCAGCGGGAGCACGAGUGGGUACAGCAGCUACGGAUCUCCGAGUUACGCAACUCAGGAGCAGCGCCCGAGUUUGAUUCAGCGCAGCGUGAGCAGCCACUCGCUUAUGAAGAACGGGUUCGCUCAGCACCUCUGCUCCCCCACUGAGUUCUUCAACUCGGAAAUGAAUGGGCCCGUGAGAAGGGUAUUCAGCACUGGAGAUUUGCAGAAAAUUAAUAUGGUGCAACAUAGCCAUCGAUCAGAAAGCCCAUUAUCGAAUGAGACAACAAUCAUCGAAGGUAUAAGUAGAGUGGCCUGCCGGUAUAGUCCCGAGGAGAAAAAAGAGAGGAUUGAGAGGUACAGAAGCAAGAGAAAUCAAAGAAACUUCAACAAGAAGAUUAAGUAUGUGUGCAGGAAGACAUUGGCAGAUAGCCGGCCACGCAUCAGAGGAAGGUUUGCGAGGAACGAUGAAGUUGAGAAGAGUCCUCAAACUCAAUGGAGCCAUGUAAGUGGGGAGGAAGACGAUGAAGAUGAUGAUAAUUGGAUCAAUCUUAUCGAUGACUUUUCAGCAAAUCUAAUUCCUUAAGUUAAUACCUGCCAGGAAGAGCUAGUUCCUCUAAGUCAAAUGUCAAGUGUUAUUAUAGCGAAGCAAUUAGAAUGGUGCAUUAAUCAGUCCUACUCCCUAAUCUUGGGAGUUCUUUCUCUGUGUUUUAGUGUGAAAAUGUACAUAAGUUUGAUUGCAUAAUCAUAAUCAUGAAUUGGGUUUUCAA